UCUUGCGCACGCGCAGCUCGAGAUGCGACUCGGCCUUACUCUACGCGGAGCUUUGACAGAGACUCCCUGAGGGGUGGCGGGGCGGACCCUUGGCGUCGCGCGCAUGCCUGGCAGGGCCGGGCGGCUCUUCUCGGGAGGUUGUGGCUCGGAGGCCUCAGCUGGGCCUAAGAUGGACCUCCCGGCCAUGCUCGCCGCCCCGGUCGCGCGGGGAGACCAACAUGGCGGUGGGCCAAGCCGACUUCGCCGCGGCGCGGGGCCGUCCUUCGGUGCGGGCCCCGGGCGCCGCCGCCUGCUGCUACUGAGGGGCCCGGAAGAUGGCGGGCCCGGGCCGCGUCAGGAGGAGGCCCCGGGGUCGGGGCCGAGCCCGCAGCCCUCCGAGGACGGCGGCGACUCCUUCGUGGUACUGCUGGAAGUGCCGCGCGCGACUGACGCCCACGGACAGGGGGAAGCCGAGGCGGGUCCCGGCGCGAGUCCCCCGGAGCAGGUCCCGGCCGCCGCCCCCGGCGCGGCUCUGGCGGGCACCGUCACCAUCCACAACCAGGACCUCCUGGUGCGCUUCGACCGCGGCGUCUUCACGCUGGCCGCCGCGCCCGCGCCGGUCGCCCCGAGCCUGCACCCCGCGACCACCCCGGGCCCAGAACCCUCGAGCGCUUCCGUGGUCCGCCGCGGAGCGGUAGCCGCCGGCGCUGGCUCUCCAGCCUACCGCUGCCCGGAGCCGCAGUGCGCGCUGAUUUUCGCCAAGAAGCACCAGUUGAAGGUGCACCUGCUGACGCACGGCAGCCUCCAGGGCCGCCGGCCCUUCAAGUGCCCGCUGGAUGGCUGCGGCUGGGCCUUCACCACCUCCUACAAGCUGAAGCGACACCUGCAGUCGCACGACAAGCUGCGGCCCUUUGGCUGCCCGGUGGGGGGCUGCGGCAAGAAGUUCACCACGGUGUACAACCUCAAGGCGCACAUGAAGGGCCACGAACAGGAGAGCCUGUUCAAGUGCGAGGUGUGCGCCGAGCGCUUCCCCACACACGCCAAGCUCAGCUCCCACCAGCGCAGCCACUUCGAGCCCGAACGCCCCUACAAGUGUGAUUUCCCCGGCUGUGAGAAGACAUUCAUCACAGUGAGUGCCCUGUUUUCCCAUAACCGAGCCCACUUCAGGGAACAAGAGCUCUUUUCCUGCUCCUUUCCUGGAUGCAAUAAACAGUAUGACAAAGCCUGUCGACUGAAAAUUCACCUGCGAAGUCAUACAGGUGAAAGGCCAUUUAUUUGUGACUCAGACAGUUGUGGCUGGACCUUCACUAGUAUGUCCAAACUUCUAAGGCACAAAAGGAAACAUGACGAUGACCGGAGGUUCACCUGCCCUGUGGAAGGCUGUGGCAAGUCAUUCACUAGAGCAGAACAUCUGAAGGGCCACAGUAUCACCCACCUGGGAACAAAGCCAUUCGAGUGCCCUGUGGAAGGGUGCUGUGCCAGGUUCUCAGCUCGAAGCAGUCUGUACAUUCAUUCUAAGAAACACCUGCAGGAUGUGGGUGCUCCGAAAAGCCGCUGCCCAGUGUCCACCUGCAACCGACUCUUCACCUCUAAGCACAGCAUGAAGGCACACAUGGUGCGGCAGCACAGCCGGCGCCAAGAUCUUGUACCUCAGCUGGAAGCUCCAAGUUCUCUCACACCCAGCAGUGAACUGAGUAGCCCAAGCCAAAGCGAGCUCACCAACAUAGAUCUAGCAGCACUUUUCUCUGACACACCUGCUAACAGUGGCAGUUCGACAGCUGGGUCAGAUGAAGCCCUGAACUCUGGGAUCCUCACCAUUGAUGUCUCUUCUGUGAGCUCCUCUCUGGGAGGGAAUCUCCCUUCUAAUAAUAACUCCUUAGGGUCCAUGGACCCCCUGGUUCUGGUGACCCACAGUGAUAUGCCUCCAAGUUUAGACAGUCCUCUUGUUCUUGGGACAUCAGCCACAGUUCUCCAGCCAGGCAGUUUCAGUACAGAUGAUUCUCAGGCCAUGAGCACAGGAGCAGUAGGCUGUCUGGUGGCUCUGCCUGUGAGGAACUUGGAUCAAGACCCACCAGCUUUGACUCCCAGCAAUAACUUGACAGUCCCUGACACUGCACCAACCUCUUCAGGCACUGCCCAAGAAACUACCAGAGUCCCAGAUCUGCUGGUUCCAAUAAAGGUGGAACAAGACUUGCCUCCUGUCCCAGAUGUGGUCCAGGGGCCAGAAGAAAGCCAUGAGCCAUCCCAGUCUAUGCUGUCCAGCUCUGCAGAGAGGCCAGGGGCUCAAAAGGACUCAGAGCUCAGUGCUGGCACCCACAGCCUCUACUUGGAAAGUGGGGGCUCAGCAAGAACUGAUUACCGAGCCAUUCAACUAGUCAAGAAAAAAAAGCAGAAAGGAACUGGGAGCGAUGAAGGUUUCCUUUGGCUGCCAUCAUGAAUGAAGAAGGGACUCCUUGAAGGAAGAGGUUUGCGGUCAGCCCAGGAGUCACAUUGCUGUCACUUCUCUUUCUAUGAGCGAAUUUAAUGACAUCUGUAAAAUUCCAUGGAAGUUUAAGUGCAAAGCACUAGUUGGGUUUGGAUUUCAUGGGAAUGUCAUUUAGCUGCAGGAGCUUUGGCCCGCCUUAUGGGCCACACACACACACACACACACACACACACACACACACACACACACACCUAGAACAUGCAGGCCUAUAGUUGAGGUGGCUUUGGGGAACCAAAGUGGAGUAUAGACUUUACAUUGUCACAACAUGGUUUGUCUGUUAGCCAGGUGCCUCUGCUCCAGCUAUGCCUAGCCUCUCUUCUCUGUGUGUUAAGUUUGGUAAAGCUCUUUCAGGCACUGGCCUUUGAGGACUGUUAAAUGGUUGCUCUCUACAGGCUGUGUCUGUAAAUGAUCUUGGGUGGGCUCUGGUCAUCUCUGUUCUGAGCCUGAGCUCUUUCAUUCUCCUGACCACGACUAAAGGCAUCAUUGCAGACAGCCACUUGAGCACAGUGGCGCUAGUCAUUGAGAGGCAAACAUCUAGAGUGACCGUAGCAGUAAGGGACUACCCCCUACCAAAGAGAAGGGACCAAGAAAAAUGGUGUCACCAGAGUCUAGAAGAGGAACAGUACAAAGAGACAGACAAGGGAGAUAUUUCCUGACACACAACAGCAGCCUGUCUGGUUCCCUCCCACCUGAGCCUCAUCUCUCUGAUCUCAGGAUCAGGUUCCAGGUGCUACCAGGGGAGCCCGGGUAGUAAUCUCUAAGGCUGAAAGUCUUCUGUCCUUGUCACCAUUGUUGUCUCCAUACUGCUGGGGUGGUGGGAGCAGGGUAUACUGUAAAGGGACUCAUUAUGUAGCCCAGGCUGGUCCCAAACUAUCCUAUCUUAAAUGCUGGGUCUAGUGGUAUGAAGCACCGUCACCUACCACUGCAUUUUGAUGAUAGGUUUAAGAGCCAUCCAUUGGGAGCUCUGGGGGAAGUAUCACAUGAUGAAGAUGUAGAUAAUAUUUGCUAAAUGAGUAAUAAAACAUACACAGAUCACUAGCCAUGGAACACAUUUCAAAUAGUUAUAUUUAGUGUAUGUAUAAAAUACCCUUCAUAUUAAAACCUGACAGAGUUGUCGUAUCUAAGGUUUUCUGUGCACCUGACCUGGUUCUGAGUCAUUGUAUUGUGUCUAUUAGCCAACCCUAGUCCUCUCUAAAACUCUGAAAGGUAUAUGUCCUGUUAUCUCCAUUUCUGGAUGAGGAUCUUGGAGCAUGAAGCAGUAAUAGCUAAUGAGGAUCAAUACCAGGACUAGAAUCUAAGGCAGACUGGUCCCAGGAUUACCCAAACCCAUUGGCCAUGUGCUAUGUCUGCCCUCCCUCGGUUGAAGUGGACUGUAAGGAGUGGGUAAGGCUUGCCUAGAGCUUCAAGGGGCUCCUGGUUAGUUAGGCAGCCUGCCAGCAUUGUUGGCCAUGUCAAAGAACGGAAAACCAUGGUGUCUCUACAAUCAAUCAGUAACUGUCACAGUCUUUCAGGCCUUAAUUAACUGAGAGCCCAAGAUGUCCCCCUAAGAAUAGUGGCCAUCGCCAGUUUGUUUGUUUGUUUGUUUGUUUGAAACAGGGUUUCUCUGUAGCUUUUGUAGUCUGUCCUGGAACUAGCUCUUGUAGACCAGGCUGGCCUUGAACUCACAGAGCUCUACCUGCCUCUGACUCCCUAGUGCUGGGAAGCCAUCACCAUUUUUAUUAGAGAGCAGCCAAAGACAAUUCCCUGAGAAUCUAGGAAAGACAUCAAAACAACUUCGUGGCAGUAUUUGACUCUCUGAUGGGAGGUUUACAGAGGUUGGUGAAGAGGAACAUAGUGAUAGCUUAUCAUGAUGAUAUCAUUGAUCUUGGAAAGGCCUCAGCACAAAUUAUGAAUACUCUAAAGAGACCUGUGGGAAAGAGUGGCACUAUGAUGGGUCACUCAGCUCAUUGCUUUUCUGUUGAACAGGAAAGAAGAUAGUGGAGAAAAGUAGAUGGUAAUGACAAAACAAAAAUAAGCCAUUCCAGGGCCACAAGUGACAAGGACAGGCAGGGUAAGGUCUGCCAAAUUUUUGGCAGAAAACUUUCAAGUCAUAUUAUUGGCUUAUUUUGCUCAUUUUCUUUUUUAAAAAAACUCAAAUUCUAACAACCAAAUAGUUAAUAAUUCACCUGUCAGUUUUAAGUUCACUGGGAAGGAUAAAUAGGAAGUCAUAUAGGUUGGCAAAGGAAAGGAUAAACCACUGUGAGCACCUGGCUUAACAAGGUGGGUGUCCAGCAUGACUGGGAUUGAAUAUUCUGGAAACAUGAAUUCCUUACACUCUUAUCCUUGCAACAGCUACACUGAAAAACAGCCAGGCAAACCUUAGGACAUGCAGUGUAGAAUACACACACACACACACACACACACACACACACACACACACAUGGCACACACUAGCUAUGUCCUUAUUUUUAUGCUAGAGAAGCAUGCUGGGUUAAUACGAAAUUUAAAAGCAUAAAAGUUCAUGUGUGUAUAGUUCUAGAGCUGAGUAAGAUAGUAUAGAUGUUCAAGAAGCAGUGACUGGAAGCUUCUUGCUUUGACAGACUCAAUCCCAACCCUGAUCUGCUAUGAACAGAGGGAGCACUUAGGUAGGAAAACUGCAUAAACCCGGGAUUUUGGCAGAGACUCUGGCAGAUGAGUUGAAACUGUAGUGGAACCACUCUUCCUGCAAUGAGGAGAGCUUAGUCUCUGCUUACAACAUGGGCUCUCCUCACCUGGUCCAUCAACCUAGUCAAUAUUUGCACUCUAAGAAAUUGUUCCUUGAAAAAAAAAAUUUCCGCCUCCUCCCCGCCUCCCUUUCCCUCCCCCUCCUCCCUUUCGUCUCCCCCUCCUCCCACUCCUCUCCCCCUCCCUCUCCAGUCUGAAGGGCAGUCAGGGUUCCCUGCCCUGUGGAAAGUUCAAAGUCCUCCCCGCUCCAUCCUGGUCUAGGAAGGUGAACAUCCAAACUGGCUAGGCUCCCACAAAGCCAGAACAUGAAAUAGGAUCAAAACCCAGUGCCAUUGACCUUGGCUUCUCAGCAGCCCUCAUUGUCCGCCAUAUUCAGAGAGUCCGGUUUUAUCCCAUGCUGUUUCAGUCGCAGUCCAGCUGGCCUUGGUGAGCUCAAAAAAUUAUAUUAAAAAGAACAAGUAGGAUAACUUUUUACACUUUCUUUAGCUAUCGCCAGGUAAUAGAAAAUUUUUACUUUAAGCCUUUUUACUAUUAACAUGAUGUUUUUAUUAAAUUCUGAAAUGUAUAAAAUAUUUUCUAUUAAUAUUUUAUCAAUUUCUUCAUUUCCUUUGGCUAAUGUCCCAGUCAAUCCUGUAUAAGACCAAAUGGGAGUGAUUAAAAAAAAGAAUAUUACCACCCUAAAAAAAAAAAAGAAAAAGAAAUUGUUCCUUAGCGCCCUCACCUCGCCCAAGAAAGCAGGCUGUGAGAAAAGCAAAGGGAAGUCCCAGGUAUCAUACCAGCCACAAACAUGAGUACAACACACUCAGGACACCACAAGGUGCUGGUGACCUUCAGGAGUGAGGUAAGCAGGUCCGUAGGAGUUGUGUGCCUUGACGAGGGCUAUGGAUUUUUUUAGUUUGGUUUGGUUUGGUUUGGUUUUUCAAGCUAUGGUUUCUCUGUGUAACAACUCUAGCUGUGCUGGAACUCACUUUGUUUACCAGGCUGGCCUCAAACUUACAGAGAUCUGCCUGCCUCUGUCUCCCAAUUGCUAAGAUUAAAGGCUUGCCACCACUGCCCAACCUCCAUGUUUAAAAAAGAAAAAGAAACAAGUCUUGCUGCAACUAGAAGGCCUGCUGGGUGGCAAAACCAGCUUCCAUGGCACACCUUUGUGUCAGAGUGCAAAAGCUUUUGAGUUUUCUACCUUCCAGGAGCUGUGGGAGUUUAGGGACAUGGCCUUCAGAGAAGGAGCACCUAGAUUCAGGUUCUGUCAGGCAAAAUAAUUAUUAUAGGUUUGGUAAGUUUUCCAUUAAAAUCUGGUGGGUUUGUCUGUUUACCUCUUGCCUCAUGAAAAUUCCUUUGGAACAAUGUUCAAGUCAGUGAAACUGUAUGGAUGAUGGGAACCAUGAAGCUUCUUCCUCAAAAAUCCUCAGUCAGGGCCAGAGACCAGCCAGGGAAGCAUUGUUAGAUGUGCUGUUUUUA